GAUUCGGUCCGACAUGGGCCAACCAAACAGUUCGCCUCAGACCACCAUCCUGCCAAUCCUGCGAGUUCCUUCAAACUGUCAGAGAGACUACAACCUGUUGGCCUUUGACGCUGAUGGAGACGAGGUGAAAUGCAGAUAUGGAAAUACAGCAGCAGAAGAAUGUAAUCCCUGCACACCACCGUCUGUUCUGACCAUUUCACCAACUUGUACUUUAUCAUUUCACUCCACCAGCAGCAGUAAUGAAGGUCCGUAUGCGGUACAGCUGGAGAUGGAGGACUUCCCCCGCCACACUAUCUCCCUCUUUCAAAGUGAUGGUGUGGAAACAAGAACUCCCUGUGAUGCUCUCAGCAAAAUACCGAUCAGAUUUGUUUUAAUGGUGGACACUGCUGUGCCAUGCUGCACAGAGGGAAAGUAUCUGCCCAGGUUUCUGCCUCCAACUCCAGCCAAUGGUGCGCAGCUGAUCGCAUAUGUCAACCAGCCCCUGGAAAUUAACAUCAAGGCAGAGGCAACAAAGUCCCAGGUUUCACAGCUUUUCUUCAGUGGGCCGCAUGGCAUGGUAAAGCAGACUGGAUCAGAGGGACAGUUCCUCUUGAACUGGACUACAUCAGAGAAGGAAAAUGGAGAAAACCAUCCCAUCUGCUUUGUAGUCCAGGCAGUGAACAACCUGAACAAGUAUCACUCAGAGCUUCAAUGUGUGAUUGUAAACGUUAGAAACGAACCAACCACCACAAUGCUGCCGACAACUACAACAAACACACCAACUGCCUCACAAAGUACAACCAUCGCUCCCUCCGUCCCUGAAAAUGAAACAGAAGUUCAGAGCAACAGGACAAAGGAGCUAGAUGAGUCCAUAUACAGUCAUGAAAACAGUGGUGUUGGCAAAGUUGUUGGCAUUGUGUUUGGUGUUGGAAUUGUGGGCAUUAUUGCUGGCGUUGCAGUAUGGGCUGUGAGGAGAUAUAAAAGACAAGGCAGGUGGUCCAUAGAUGGGAUGCAGCAAUUGCAGUGAGGGGAGGGAGGACUCGAAACCUUAAAGAGUGGAGGAGCAAAGAACAGCCCUUGUUGGGCAGUUGAUGAACAUCAUAAUAUAUAUAUGGAUAAACAAGAGCUUCGUGUUAGAUUAAUGUUUAUGUUAGAAUAAUCUAUGUCCAGUAUUACAGAUGUAUGUAGAGGCUGAUGAUUUGCUGUUAUAUUCUAACCUCCAGUACUGAAAAAUUUAAAAUGUGAUCAUGAAACAAAAAUAAAACUGAAAUCAUGAAAUUCAAGUGAAAUUGCUUUUAAGCAGACAUGUGCACAUGUUUGCAAUACAGAUAUGCAUGUGUAAGUUUCUCCCUUUAAUGAAUAUCAGAUCCUAAUUGUGAUUGAAAAACUGUUCUGAGCAGACGGUCACAGGGUGUUGUCUUUUCCAUGUCAAAUAAAAGGACCCGACUUCAGAAACCCUUAAAAUACAUCUACAUAUAUGCAUGUGAAGUUUUUUUAUUUUUUUAUAUAAAAAUGCUUAAUUUUGUCUUUAAGGGAGAGCUUUAGUUGAGAGCAGACGUCCUAAAGAGACGUCCUCUCCACAUGGGAUAAACGCCUUUGGGCAUUACAGUAUUUUAACAGUUUAACAGUGAUGUUAUGUCUUUUACAUUUUACAUAAUCCUCCUUUAUUCUGGUUGGUGUGUAUAUCCCACUUCUGUGGUAGGCCUGUGUUAGUGAAACCUUACAACACCUGGCUGACCAGAGGGCUACUGCACAAAACUGCUCCAGACCAGGCUAACAGCCAGGCUUGCUUGAUCCUGGUGCCUUAUCAGUUCAGUCAGCUGUCACUCUGAUCGCAAAUAAAUGUGUUUUACAAUUUUUCCAUGGUCUUCUGUAUGUAUUUUUC